GCACCAGCAGGCAGGAUGUCCACACAGAGCAUCCACUACCUGAAGCCCGUGGCCCUGCGCCUUCCACCUGGGAUCCCAGAAUCCCCAAGUCGCCAGCGGCGCCACACACUCCCUGCCAGCGAGUUUCGCUGCCUCACCCCAGAGGAUGCUGCUAGCGUGUUUGAGAUUGAGCGUGAGGCCUUCAUCUCUGUCUCGGGCACCUGCCCCCUGUAUCUGGAUGAGAUCCGGCACUUCCUGACCCUCUGUCCGGAGCUGUCCCUGGGCUGGUUCCAGGAGGGCCGCCUCAUCGCCUUCAUCAUCGGCUCGCUAUGGGAUGAGGGGAGGCUCACUCAGGAGUCACUGACACUGCACAGGCCAGGUGGCCGCACGGCCCACCUGCACGUGCUGGCUGUGCACCGCACCUUCCGGCAGCAGGGCAAGGGCUCCGUCCUGCUGUGGCGCUACCUGCACCACCUGGGCGGCCACCCAGCCGUGCGCCGAGCCGCGCUCAUGUGCGAGGAUGUGCUGGUGCCCUUCUACGAGAGGUUCGGCUUCUACCCUGUGGGCCGGUGUGCCGUCACUGUGGGCUCGCUCACCUUCACGGAGCUUCAGUGCUCCCUGCGGGGCCACUCCUGCCUGCGCAGGAACAGCAACUGCUAAACCGUGCUGACCA